AGAUACGACGAACGCAUUCAAAAUCCAGCUCCCCUCCGAAGUCCGAACGCUUCUUGGACGAUUCUUGAAAGCGUCCAGCCACGCCGCCCUCGCCGCCGCCGCCCCCUUCCGAAUCCAAAGGAACCCGAAUCUCGCAACGAUCACCACCACCUGACCUUCCUUGUUCGCGUCGCCCCAACCCUUGCCCGUCCAGGAGUUCAGCGAAACCUUCCCUUUCUUUGGCCUUGCCUUGCCUGCCUCCCUUCCCUCGGUCGCCGCUCGGAUAAGCAACCCGGAGUCCCGGACCGCUCCAAGAAACCAAUAAGUCCCCGCGCCAUGGUGCUGAGGAAGCCAGCGCGCAAGAAGCCCAAAGACCCCAGCGCCGUGCCGGCCGGGGGUCCGGGAAGCAGGGGUCGCUCUGGCGGCAUGGCCCCGGCGCCGCCGGCCCCCAACUACAUGAGGGCGACGACCUGCUCCGGCGCCAGGUCCAGCGCCGCCGCCGCGCCGCAUCCUCAGCCAGGGAGAGAGAAGGCGGUGCUGACGGCUGCGGCGCUGCGCGCGUGCAGGGCCACGUGCUCCUCCGCCAUGAAGGGGCCCGGGGCCGCCGGGUCGGCGGACGCCUGCCCCUACGCGUACUGCUCCUUCAAGGGCCACGCCCACGCGGCAGCACCCGUGCCGCCCCUGGGCGCCUUCGUGGCGGCGCGGAGGCGGCUCAUCAAGACGCAGCAGCGCAUGAAGCUCAAGGGCGCCUCGCCGUUCCGCAACGCCGCCGCCGGUCACGGAAGCGGCUACUUCGUCGAGAUACGCGCCGGCUCGGACGUGACCAGCAGCGAUCUCUCGUCCGACGAAGUGGGGCGGACGGAGCACGUCGUGUUCGGUCCCCUGGGCUGCUGCGGUGGCGACGCGGAGGGUUCGGGCGCUGCUUCCGUGGACGGGUCCUGCGCGUCCAGCGACGUGAUCUCGGCUGGCUCGUUUGAGCCGUCGGGGACGACCAAGCAUCGCGGCCUUGAGGAGAAGAAGACCUUGGUGGACCAUGGAGGGGAGGACAUGGGUGACUGCAGGUCUGACAUCUCCGAGGAGCUGGACGUUAAACACGGAGGAAACAAUCCUCAAGGUGGCGUGGGUGGUGGUGCUCCAAAGGAAUCGUCGGUCGAUAGCGUUUCCAGCUCGCUCAGUGGGAUAAGCUUUGAAGAUGUUAGCUCUGCCUGUGCCUAUGCAGCAGCAUCCUCUCAGCAGCAGAACGGGUCGAGCAUUGCCAGGAGGAGGAGAACAUCUGAACAGGGUGUCAAGCGAAUGCGUCCUUUCAAACCCAGGCUUCCGAAUUUCCUUCCGUCAGAGAAGGUCGAUCUCAAGCAUCAGUCGGUGGGCGAUCCCAGAGCCGCUGAGGAGUGGAUGCUCGACUACGCUCUUCGGAAGGAAGUGAAGAAGCUGGCCCGUGCUCAGAAGAGGAAAGUUGAGAUGCUUGUCCAGGCCUUCGAAUCUGUUAUGCCCACGCUUGCAAACGAGAAGAAGCCCGAGCAACACGACAAUGGUGACAAUGACAAGAGAACAUUCACUCUUGCAUGGCCUUCCCAAGUAUGUAGCUGAUAGAUAGCCUUUUAAGCUUGUGGUUUAGCUGGAACCAACCAUGGUCUGAAGUCUGAACUUCUGAAGGUUCUAACUCAGCAGUCACUGCCAGAAAAAAUUCUUACCGCUAUUGUUUUCUUAUCUGAUAGUUGAGCUACUAGGAUAGGAGCUCGCUGAGUUCGGUUAGUGGAGGGCCUAGUGCAUGUACAUAUGUCUCGUGUGCUCAGUUUAGUGAUGAGGAACGAGUGUAGGAGACUAGCACACCGGCAAGAAUGUUGAGAUGUGUUCCUUUAGGCAGAUAUCAAUAAAGCUCUCAUUAACAGCAUUUAUUUCCCGGUUCA